AUGGAUAGUAGUACUGGACAUUUGUCGAGUCCCUAUAACGAGACCCAUAUUGUGCAGAAUCCGCUACGGAUUACUACAAAUGGAACGGUCGAAGCGCCAACACAAACCACAACCUAUCCUGAUGAAUAUGGUAAUAAGGUGCAUAAAAGAAAACCACUUAAACGACCUCUUCAACAGGCUGAAGAAGCGCACCAUAGAUUCGUCCGAGUUCUCGACCUCCAGCCUCGCACUAAUACUGCCUCCGGUUACGCCAAAAAUACCUACAAGUUCUUCGUCUAG